GUAGAUAUACGCAGUCUUUUCACACAUUUGGUGUAUUCGCCGUCGUCGUCGUCGUCAUUACUGUUUUCUCCGUGGCAGCGAAAAGUUAUAAGUGCAAAAGACUAGGUAUUUUUUUUUGAAUAUUUUUUUGCUGAGGACACUACAAGGCAAAUGGGGGAAGACAGGGCUGAUGGACAAGGACGAGACGAAGCCUGAAGUGAUGAGUGCAGCUAAAGUGUUGCCAGACGAAGAAGUGUAAGAAGAAGAAACGGAAGGGUGAGAGUUCCCGUAGAGAAAAAGUGAAAGACGAAGUAUUGAACACUGGAAAGAAAAAGUAGAACGUAAACAAAAACAUAAAAAUCAUACAGAGACACAAAGAAGCAAAAGCUGCGAAAAAAUCUAAGUGUGUGUUUGUGGAACGGACAACAACUCAAAGAAGAAGACUAGUGUAUGAGUGCAGCCUGCUUGACUGAACAAAGCAACCGUAGAGACAUCUAGUAGCCAGUGGAUCAUACCAGGCUGUUUGGUUGACAGAAGCCGUUGAUUGUUAGUUCGGGAUCGUCUCGCCAGGUGCUUUUGACGGAUCAACACACCAAUACACGGAAAAAAAAGUUUGUGUUCAGAAUCGGGGUAGUUGAAGAAGGCACAAGUGUUUGUUGAAUGAACAGCUAGGCGAACUGAUACGGAGAGUCAAGUGGAGUCCAGGAAGCAGUGCAAAGCGCAGUACUACCAGUACUGUUACGUGCGUGGUCGUGCGUGACCCGAUCUCACCAACACAGUCAACGGGCUGAUCAGCUGUGAAGUUGUGAAGGCAGUCAAGGCAGACAGAAGCAGAAGUAGAAGGAGCAUUCGAUCGACGUCGUUGUUUCUGCCACCAUCAUCACCAUCAGCGUAGUAUUAUUUUUAAUACAUUGAACGAGACACAGCCGAGCUCGGAGAGAGAGUAGGAGGAGUAACACAAAGCAAAGGCAGCAACAGCAGUAGCAGUUCAGAAAGAAAGUGACUGGCCAACUCACUCCCAGCCUCCUCACGGAAGUGUCGGAAUCGUGCCUCCCUGCGCAGGUUCUACGGGGUCAUCCAGGGAUUACCUUCAAUUCACUGCUGAGCUUGAAUGUUAAAACACACUCAAAAUUGCUUACGUUCGGGAGCAGCACGGCUCUUCUGCAAGGUCGUCGUCGUCCUCGUCCUCAGAAGAAGACCUCAAUGAACGACGAGCAACGGUACCUAGCACAAGUAGCACGAGCCACCACCACCAUCACCAAUCCUCCCCUCAGUCUCAACCCGUGGCCCCUGGUGGCAGCAAGCGGUCACGUUCCUCACCAGCCUCUGCCUCUGCAGCAGCGUCGUCUUCGUCCUCUGUUGCUGGUCCGUUAGAGGCUCAGCCCGGCGUGGAUCGAAAAGAGGACAAACUGAAUCGACGACAGCGCAGCCACCAGCAGAAGGAGGACCAGAAAGAGCAGCAGCAGCAGCAGCAACAGCAGCGUAGAAAGUCUCAGCGGCGCCGGAAGCAGUCGGGAGCGAGUGCGGAACAGGAAGCGGCGGACAAGGGCGGCGUCGACCAGGGGGAAGGGCUCGAGGGCAAAGAGAGCUCCUUGACCUCAAGUCCCCAGAGCAAACGACGCAGAAUGUUGAACGACAAUAGCAAUCUCAACGGAGCGACGGCUUCGCCGAUGGACUCGUCUUCGUGCGAUAUGAAUGGCCACAACAACAACAACGGCCAGCAGGAGGUGGCGCCGGAGUCGAGCAACGGUGCCGUGGCCACCAAUGGCGAGUCCUCGGGUCAUCGUGCCGCUAUCAAGUUGGACAGAACUAACCAGGAGAUUGUGCGACUGAUUGGGCAACACUUGAAGAACAUUGGGCUGGAUCGGAGUGCCGAAGCGUUGAUGCAAGAGUCCGGCUGUUGCUUGGAGCAUCCGUCGGCGUCCAAGUUCCGUCAGCAUGUACUGUCCGGUGAUUGGACCAAAGCUGACCAUGAUCUUCAGGAGUUGCAGACGAUGGUAGAUUCGAAAACGGAUCGUACCAGCAUGAAUGAGAUGAAGUUUUUGCUGUUGGAGCAAAAGUAUUUGGAGUUUCUGGAGGAGGGUCGUCCGAUCGACGCUCUGCACGUGUUGCGUAACGAGUUGACACCGUUGCAGCACAACACGCCCCGUGUUCAUCAGCUGUCGUCGUACAUGAUGUGCACCAACAAUCAACAGUUGUACCAGCGGGCCAACUGGGAAGGCAAGGGCGUCAAGUCCCGCACCCGACUGAUGGACCGUUUGCAGUCGUACCUGCCGGCCACCGUCAUGCUGCCACCGAGACGUCUCCGUAGUUUGCUUGCGCAGUCAGUCGAGAUGCAAACUGAACGCUGCAAAUGUCACGAUAUGGCCUGGAGUACCAACAUUGACAACGUGUCGCUGCUGGUUGACCACAACUGCUCGUCCGAGGGCUUCCCGAUGCAGGCACUGCACGUACUGAACGACCACUCGGAUGAGGUGUGGUUCUGCAAGUUUUCACCGAAUGGCCUCCGGUUGGCAACGGGCUCCAAAGACAACACCGUCAUCGUUUGGGAGGUGGAUCCGGUCAAGUUGGUGCUGAAAAAUAAGAAAAUAUUCGAAAAUCACACCUACGGAGUUAGCUUUAUCGCCUGGAGCCCGGACUCGAAGUACUUUAUCGUGUGCGGUCCGGAGGAUUGCCCCGACCUGUGGAUCUGGGACGUGGAGCAAGAAAAGCUCGUGACGAAGGUAUCGCAUUCUACCGACGACAGUCUGACAUGUGCCGCGUUCAACAAGGACGGCACACGAUUCGUCACCGGAGGAACCCGGGGCCAAUUUUAUCUGGUUGACCUGGACGGAACCGUCCACGACCACUGGGAGGGAGUUCGUGUGAACGGGUUGGCGUUCCGUGCGGACAACAAAACGAUUCUAGCUGCCGACACGCACUACCGAAUACGGAGCUAUAGCUUCGACAAUGCCCGCACCGAUGCCAACCUCAUCCAGGAGCAGUGCCCGAUUAUGACGUUCUCGGUCAACUCGGCCGACCGACUGGCGUUGCUCAACAUCUCGUCGCAGGGUCUGCACCUGUGGGACUUGCAGGACAAGUGUCUGGUGCGACGCUUCCAGGGCGUUACGCAGGGCAAUUACACCAUCUAUUCGUGCUUUGGCGGCGUGAACGAAAGCUUCGUCGCAAGUGGCAGCGAGGACAACAAGGUGUACAUCUGGCACAUUCGCCGCGAGGAACCGCUGGCCACGCUCGUGGGCCACACGCGAACCGUCAACUGCGUCAGUUGGAAUCCGGUCUAUCCGUCCCUGUUGGCGUCCGCUUCCGACGACGGCACGGUGCGGAUCUGGGGACCGAAACAGCCCCAGCUGGCCUGGGCCGCCACCAGCAACAACGGCGACUCGGCGUCGAUCGCCUCCACCAUCAGCACCGCCUCGUCCGCGUCCUCGUCGUCCUCAUCGUCGUCCGGUGGCGCGAACAACGAUCUUAUAUCCAACUCUUCGUGGAAUAUCACAUAAUAUUAGAUUGUGCAACUAUUGCCGCUUUACCCCACCCCUUUCCUUUCUCCCCCUCAUCUCAAUUGAUCGUGUUAAGCAUUAUAUUCGGUUCAACAAUAUAAACUCUAAAUUUAGUGAAGUAAUUUAACGGUAAUAUUAAAGGAUAAAAGAAUAUUAUUGUAAUGAAACAAUAAAGGAAAAUGAAGAAGAUAAAAAAAAAUCCAAAAACACUUUCACGCAUACACACUCUCACACGCAUUGCAAACAAUAUUCAGUAAUAAUUAAAGGCUAAUUAUUAUAAUCGAAUACUAAAACAUCAACAGCAAAACAAACAAAAACCCUAACACGUGAAGAAUGAUGGUAGCAAAAUGUAAUAAUCGAAUCCACGUGCACUCACAUAAGCAAAACAAUAGCGAUAACAACAUUCGAGAUGGAUCGAUUUGUCGAGGUCGAAACAACAGCAGCAGCAACAACAACAACAACAUACUAGAAUUAAGGCCAUUUCAACGCUCGCCGCGGUAGUUUCCACACAAUAAUCAAACAAACAAAACCAAAACCAAACAAGAAAAACAAUGGUGUAAACAACAGUUGUAUUGUAGUGUUGCAAUAUAUUCGAACACAGUAAAACAGAACCAGAACAGAGCCGUGUGGUGUGAUGAUGAUGCGGAAAGUUUGGAUGAAAGUGUUGUGAUGAUGAUUGCAAUGUCAUGAAUUUUUGUAGUUUGAAGCAAAUUAAUUAUACUUUUUUUUAAAUUGUUGAUUGAACUAACACGAACUGCAAAAAGAUGAAAAAAGAUAUUGUAAUUUGAAUUGAAGAUUUUAAGAUAUUUUUUUUUUUGUUUGGUCUCUUCACGCGUAAAGGAAAAACGAAAAUCAUUUAAAGUUGAGUGUAAUACAAGAGAGUUUUUUUACUAUGAUUUUAAUGAAUAAAAUUACACCUGAUUUUUGUAUACUUGCAUGAGCGAAACCGUAGAUUUUUUUAUUUGCAAUAUACCCCCUCUCUUAAAUCUAACAAAUUAGUGAAAAAAAACAUUGGCUCCCAUGAGAAUCUAUUUAUGCACAUCUUCGCUUGUUUAGUUUAAACACAAUUGUGAACAAAUCGUAGGUUAGAGCGAAAACGUUCGAAUAAGAAGAAAGACGAGACAGAGUUUGUUUUUUUUUUUUAUAUACAUAUUAGUUAAUGACUUAUCGUUUUUUAAACAAAAGUACACGCAUAUAGAAUUAGACUGUCAAUCAACGUUUUCUUUGUCUCCCAUUUCACAAAACAAAAACUUAAACAAGUAGCAAAUCUGUUCUAUUUUUUUUCGUACAUAUAAAUUUAAAAAAAAACUGUUUGAUUUCUUUUACGUUACCCAAACUUCCUGUUUGUUAUUCCCUCCUUCCAACAAGGAAUCACGAAAAAGUUCUCGGAUGCUGGGAAGGAUCGAGGACGUGGUCAACCAACUACAACAUUAGCAACACUGGAGAAUGAACAUGCAGCAAGCAAAAGAAGAAGAAGAUGAAAAAAAAAGUUUUUGGACUUGUGAAACGAACGAACAUGUGGUUUGUGUAUUUUACUGAAUAAAAUUUUAAGCAGAUCGAUUUGGGAUUAAACGAUAGCAAAACA